AUGCUGAGAUAUCCACAGAGAGAUCUCACAUUGCUUAAACCCUACUCAUAUCCCAAACAGUGCCCUAACCCUCCACCCUUCAACAUCCCCUACUCAAAUCCCAACCAGUGCCAUAACCCUCUACCCUUCAACAUCUCCUACUCAUAUCCCAACCAGUGCAUAACCCUCCACCCCUCAACAUCCCCUACUCAAAUCCCAACCAUGCAUAACCCUCCACCCUUCAACAUCUCCUACUCAUAUCCCAACCAGUGCCAUAACCCUCCACCCUUCAACAUCUCCUACUCAUAUCCCAACCAGUGCCAUAACCCUCCACCCUUCAACAUCUCCUACUCAUAUCCCAACCAGUGCCAUAACCCUCCACCCUUCAACAUCUCCUACUCAUAUCCCAACCAGUGCCAUAACCCUCCACCCCUCAACAUCUCCUACCCAUAUCCCAACCAGUGGCGUAACCCUCCACCCUUCAACAUCUCCUACUCAUAUCCCAACCAGUGCCAUAACCCUCCACCCUUCAACAUCUCCUACUCAUAUCCCAACCAGUGCCAUAACCCUCCACCCUUCAACAUCUCCUACCCAUAUCCCAACCAGUUGCAUAACCCUCCACCCCUCAACAUCUCCUACUCAUAUCCCAACCAGUGCCAUAAGCCUCCACCCUUCAACAUCUCCUACUCAUAUCCCAACCAGUGCCAUAACCCUCCACCCCUCAACAUCUCCUACCCAUAUCCCAACCAGUGCCAUAAGCCUCCACCCUUCAACAUCUCCUACUCAUAUCCCAACCAGUGCCAUAAGCCUCCACCCUUCAACAUCUCCUACUCAUAUCCCAAACAGUGCCAUAACCCUCCACCCCUCAACAUCUCCUCUCCACAGCUCCUGCUGAUACCUUCGCUACAUAAGACUCCCUCUUGUCUAUGCGCUGCAUUCCUCUGUCCACUGUCAUGA